UUUAGAUAUAUAUAAAAUGUUGAGUUUAUUUGAAAUAUGAGAUGUUGAUUUACUUGAACACAUAUGACAUACUAGAUAUAUAUGAUAAUUUACAAUCAUUUAUUCAUUGUGUGAGAAGGAGAUGUUGAGAUUCUUGUAGAUUAAUACAUAUGAGAUGUUUAGAUGAACACAUAUGAAAUGUUGAGUGUUUACCAAUAUUUGAGAUGAACUCAUAUAUGUUUAUUGUUUGAAAUUUGUAAGGAUGGUUUGGCUUCUCGACGAUGUCUACGACACGAAACACCGGGCCUACAUGAUGCGCGAGAAGGAGAUGAAGCUUGAACCUUUGAAGAUUCGGUAUCACGGGGUCUCUGGUCCUGCCAUGCCUUACGAUGAGCGGUACACACCGUACAUCAAGCAGGCAGGACUACUCCCGUGGAUUCAGUUGGCUGAGGCUGAUGUAGAGGAGGGAGAAGAGAAGAAGAAGAGGGAAAGGAAAGCAGCCGGAGCUGCUUUCACGUGGAUUCAAACUCACUUUGCGACGUGCCCUCCGGAUGCCACUGAUGAUGUGAUCCAGACACAUGCUCGUGUCUACAUGCGGUAUGUUGUGUCGAGGUCUUUGUUUCCUGACUCCACUGGCAAGAACGCUCCAUGGAUGUGGCUGAAGGAGUUGACCGUCUUCCAUAGCAAAUGGAGCUGGGGUUCAGCGACUCUUGCCUACUUGUACCGACAGCUGGACGAUGCGUGUUGCAGGAUCACAGAUAGUGCAGGCAUUGGUGGUAAUAUGCUUCUACUUUCUGUAUGGAGCUGGGAGCGUCUGCUUGUUGGACGCCCGAAGAGCGUCAGGUUUAAUCCUUGGUAUGAAGAUGAAGAUGAUGAAUUACGGCGCCCCACUUGGGCUUACAAGUGGGAUGUGGUUUCCGAGAUGACGAACGAUAUCAAUCUCAUGUACCAGAAGUACGUUGCCGAGUUGGACACGAUUUUUUUUGAAGGUUGGACAUUUGGUCUGUUCCAACCUCACCCGCCGGAAUGGGUGGAUACGGACAAAGCACUUCAUAGUAACUACAUACGAUGGCUUCUUGAAAAUACUCGAGUUGAGAUAUGCCCGCCGGCAUAUAAUGAGGAUAUUCUUGAAGAACCCGUGAACUUUGAGGAUCUAUCAAAGGGGAAGUACAACAGAGAUGUCAGGGUAGGGCAAGGAGUCCCUGCUGUUCCGGUGAUUAACUAUGUGCGCACCGAGAUCAAGAAAGCAGCUGAUGAGAGCCAGUCUAUUCUGGAGAACACACCGGUUGGAAAAGGCAAUGAUGAUGGUUCACUACGAGCAUUCCUCAAGCGUUAGGCCAGGAAGUUAAGGCGGUUAUCGAAUCUUCUCGGUUGCCGUGAUCCCGAAUUUGAUGAACCAUCUGCCUCCAGGUCUGGUACACCAUCAGACCCCUCAUCUCACCAUCAGGGGGACGAUGUGAGUUCCUCAUAUGCUUAUCUGGAUGAUGAGGGUGCGGUCACCCAAGAGGGCCAUGACAUUGAUGAUGACAUGACUUUGGCGGACGCUCAACUUCGGUCCCCAUAUGUGUUCAAGCCUAGGCAGCCCAGACGCCGGUACAUGCCCAACGACUUUGACAA